UCAAAAUUCCCAGUUAAGCAAAUGACUCAGGAACCCAACUGGAAAAAGGCCUACGACCAUCUGGUGCGUGAGCACCAGAAUGACCAGAAUCGGGUGCAGCUGCUGCAGCGACAACUGCGGCACUUUCGGUCCAAGCGCGUGCGACUGCAGAAUGAAAUCGAGGAGGAGCGAAAGGGCAUGAACGUUUGGAUGAAGAUGAUGGAAAACUUGCACCGCAGAGUGGAGCGCUUUAAGAAGAACAAGCACCUACUCUCGCCCAAAAAGCACAAACAACUGCGCCGCAUAAUAGGAAAGCUGCCAAUGAGCACCUUGGAGGAGCAGGUGCGUCUGAUGGAAGUGUCGGAGCAGUUGGUGCCCAAGCCAUGCCAGGACAUACCUGCUCCUUCAAGGACCAAUAGAGACCAGCUCACCAAGUACACAGUUCCGCAUCGAAGAAAGAGCUGCGAUCCCCAGAUUCUAUCCCCUGUGGACAAGCGGCUGGCCAGGAUCAAUGCCAAUCUGAAAGCCCUGCAAGGAAUCCACGCGCAGACCUCGUCCGUCAUCGCUGAUAUACGCUCUCUGAUGGCUACUAUUAACUAUCUGGAGCGGGGACACUGCACCAACAUAAAGAUCACUCCAUUUGUGGAUUCAGCGCGGGGCUCGAAACCGUCGUCCAUAAAGGCCACCAUCGAAUUGGAUCGGCUGCGCAGAACCAAGCACGGAACCCAAUACACACGGGAACUGAUGGACGUACGUCCUCCGUACAUCCUUGACCAUGUGCCGCAAUUAAAACCCAACAUUUUCGACGGUUUGGGGACAAAGGCGAAGAAAACAAAAGCUAAGCACUGAACCGAACCAUUUCUGG